GACUCUACCUGUGCUAUCACUUAGGAUUUGUGUGCUAAGUACUCAGGUGAGGAAUUAUGCUGCCUAUUGUGGGCCUGUUACUAUUCUGUCUCGUGGAUGUAAGAGGGGAAAACUCUUCAUGUCAAAUAUACGGGACUAAAGAACUGUCUCAGUUUUCUAAGGAGGGAGAUAUCAUCAUCGGAGGUAUUUUCUCCUUCCACCAGAACCCGGUCGCAGUCAGUCCAGCACUCACAAUCAACCCGGGAGCAAUCCAGUGUGAAGGGCUGGAAAUAGGUGAGCUUCAGUAUGCGUACACCAUGAUGUUUGUGAUAGAUGAAAUCAACAACAGCACUGAAUUGCUGCCAGAUGUGACACUCGGUUACAGGAUCUUUGACUCCUGCCCAAGCAUACCUCUGUCUAUCAGGUCUUCGCUGAAUCUAAUGAAUCCAUAUAAAGACAGAGAGGGGUUGUGUAGCAACCUCUCCAACGUGUAUGCUGUCAUUGGGGACACAACUUCCACCUCUACAAUAGGCAUAGCACGCACACUGGGUCUCUUCAGUAUACCUGUGAUCAGUCAUUCAGCCACUUGCGCAUGUCUCAGCGACAGGAGGAUCUAUCCGUCCUUCUUUCGAACCAUACCGAGUGACAUUCAUCAAAGCAAAGCACUAGCAAAGCUUGUGAAACACUUUGGCUGGACUUGGGUGGGAGCAAUCCGAACUAACAAUGACUAUGGAAAUGAUGGCAUGGCCAGCUUCUUGGAAGCAGCAACAAAGGAAGGGGUGUGCAUUGAGUAUUCAGUCGCCGUCUACCGAACCGACCCCAGGAAGUCAUUCCUACAAGUCGUGGAUACAAUCAGAAAAUCCACCUCUAAGGUCAUAGUUGCUUUUGCAGAUGCAACAGAUCUUGAUGUACUCAUGAAAGAGCUCCAUGCCCAGAAUGUGACAGGCCUGCAGUGGGUGGGAAGCGAAGGCUGGAUCACGUAUCGUCACUUUGCCUCUCAGGCGAACUACGCUGUGGUUCAGGGGGCCGUGGGCUUCGCAGCACUGAAUGCUCACAUCCCUGGGCUGCAGGAGUUCCUCACCAACACGAGGCCGUCCACCGCACCAGGAAAUCAGGGACUCGUUGAGUUAUGGGAAACGCUCUUUGACUGCACCCUGUCACCAAAAACAGGGAUUUACCCACAGGAUCGUGUUACAGCCUGCAGCGGCGCAGAGACUCUGCAGGAUGUUAAGACGCGAUUUACUGAUGUUUCCGAUGCCACCCUGUUGAAUAAUGUCUACAAAGCCACAUACGCUGUUGCUCAUGCUUUGAGCAUGCUGUUUAAUUGCAAAGAUGGAGAGGGGCCCUUUGAGAACAGUACUUGUGCUGACAGGCAAAAGUUUCAACCAUGGCAGGUGUUGCACUACCUAACGCAGGUAAAUUUCACCAGUAAAACUGGUGAAAAAGUUUUCUUCGACGAGUUUGGUGACCCCGUCGCACGCUACGCACUGGUAAACUGGCAGCUGGAUAAGACAGGGUACAUACAGUUUGAAACUAUUGGUUAUUAUGAUGCCUCCAGACCUGAAGGUCAGCAAUUUGAGAUGGAAGUUGGAGUGAGAGCCAUCUGGGCAGGAGAAAGUCAUGAUGUGCCGACAUCCAUCUGCAGUGACAGCUGUUUGCCUGGCACUCGUCGGGCCUUCAUUAAAGGCAAACCCGUCUGCUGCUUUGACUGCGUCGUCUGUGCUGAGGGGGAGUUCAGCAACAGCACAAAUGCAGUGAAAUGUGAAAAAUGCCCUCCUGAGUACAAGUCCAGUGAGGAGAGGAACCAAUGUAACUUAAAAUCGGUCGAGUUCCUCACCUUCACAGAACUAAUGGGUAUAACGUUGGUCACCUUAUCAUUCGUUGGCGCAAUCUCAACAGUGGCUGUAAGCCUGAUAUUUUUCUGCCAAAGACACACACCCAUUGUCCGAGCCAACAACUCUGAGUUGAGUUUCCUGCUGCUGUUCUCUUUGGGUUUGUGCUUUCUGUGUUCUCUGACCUUCAUCGGCCGACCCUCUGAUUGGUCCUGCAUGCUGCGCCACACAGCUUUCGGCAUUACCUUUGUCCUCUGUGUGGCCUGUAUUCUGGGGAAAACAACGGUGGUUUUGUUGGCCUUUCGGGCUACCAUUCCUGGCAGCAAUGUGAUGAAAUGGUUUGGCCCUCCACAGCAGAGAGUCAGUGUCUUAGCUCUCACACUUGUGCAGGUUUUGAUUUGUAUGAUAUGGCUAACAGUCAGCCCUCCCCAUCCAUUCAAAAACACUCAAUAUUACAGCGAGAAGAUCAUUCUAGAGUGUGCACUUGGAUCACCUUUGGGCUUCUGGGCCGUAUUGGGAUAUAUUGGGGUUUUAGCUGUGUUGUGCUUUGGAUUGGCCUUCUUAGCCAGAAAGCUUCCUGACAAUUUCAAUGAAGCCAGGUUCAUCACUUUCAGCAUGCUGAUAUUCUGUGCCGUUUGGAUAACUUUCAUUCCAGCUUAUGUGAGCUCUCCUGGGAAAUUCAGUGUGGCUGUGGAAAUAUUUGCCAUUCUGGCUUCAAGUUAUGGGAUGCUGCUCUGUAUUUUUUUGCCUAAGUGUUACAUCAUUUUAUUUAAACCCCAAAACAACACAAAGAAACAUUUGAUGAAUAAAAGCACACUUUAAGAUGCAUGUUUCAACAAAAAAAAAAAAGUAAAAAUAAUCAUACCAUUGUGGUUUUUCUCAUGGAGAAAAUAUUAAUGUUAAAAUUGUUCAAACUAACUUGUACAUUAAGAAUCAGCAGAAUUUAUUACGCCUGUGAAUUUGAAACUCCAACCAGAAAA